GCCCCGCUGUGUGCAGCCCCCAGGACCUGCGGGUAGCGAUCCUGCCUGCGCUUCCCCGCUGUGCCACACGGCUCGCCCAGGGGUGGCCGUGAAGCGGCGAUGGAGCUCCCGCGCCCGGCCUGGCUGCAGAGCCUGGACACAGCCAGCCGCCUGCUGCUGCACGCCCUGGGCUCCGGGCCCGCGGGAGCACUGGCCGCUCUCCGCCUGCUGCAGCGGGGCCGGGCCUCGGGCAGCCCGGGGCAGGGCUUUCCCUGGCAGCCCUUCACCGCAGCGCUGUGCGCCGAGGAGCCCACGCUGGACGGGCUGCAGGGGGCCCUGGCCGUGAAGCCACGGCUGCUGCUGCUGCCCAUCGUGUGCCAGAGGAACCUCUUGUCCCUGCUGCUGGUGCUGGGAGCUGUGGUGCCCAGAGGCUGCCUGGGCCAGCUGCUCCAGGCCCUGGGGCAGGAUUCCCACGGGGAUCCCUGGGUGCAGGCGCUGAGGGAGCUGCUGCAGCAGGGAGCAAGGGCAGGGCAGAGCUCCCCAGCUCCCACUGCCCUGUCCCCGGGCUGCCAGCAGCAGCUCAGGAGCCUGGGCAGGAAAAUCACCCAGAAUAAACGGCAGGGACAAAGGAAGCUGAAGUGGUGCCUCAGCGAGCAGCCCAGAGCCCCUGGGGAUGUGGCUGAGUCCGUGCUUCAAAGGGGGAAGCGCAAGAAAGUGCUGGAGGAGAGUCUGGAGUUGGAGGAGGAGAGAGAGGGGAAGAGGUUGCUGCUGGAGGAGGUGCUGUGUGACUCCCCAGCAACCCAGCAGCGUGUGGCAGGGCCAGAGGAGGUGCCUGGAGACCCUUCAGGAGACAGAUGUGCUCAGAGCCCUGAUGGGGCUGCUCCGGGAGGCUCCCAGCAGGAGGCAGCCAGGGAGCCCAGACAGACUUCCCAGGCAGAGCUGGCAGCAGAGGUCCAGUCCUUCGUCCAGGUGCAUGGACCAAGGCUGAAAAUGCUGCUGCAGAAGGAGCCCAGUCACUUGGAGCCCAUUGUCCUGCCUGAGCUGCGUGCCCUGAACAACUGCUCUGCCAGCCAGCUCGAGGGGCUUUGCUCCUUCCUCCAGCUCCCCACGUGCCCGGAGCCUCUCCUGCUGCGUUUCUGCAGCUGGCUGCUGCCCCUCAGCCCCGACCUCAGCUACACCAGCUCAGCCAUCCUGGCACAGCAGCUCUUCCUCAGGCGAGUGCUGUCCCUCACCCGGCCGCCCUCCCGGCACCUGAUGGCCGCCCUCACUUCCUUCUGCUCCAAGUACCCGCAGCCCUUCUGCCGAGUGCUGCUGCCUGCGGUCCUGCAGGAGCCUGGCCAAGGCAGUGAGCAGACCAAGCUGGUGUGUGAGCUCGUGGAGGAGUGCCUGGAGCCAGAGUGUGUGCCACUGGUGCUGAGCCAAGUCCUGGAGCUGCCAUUGUCAGAGAAGCUGCUGCCAGUGAUACAGUCGGUGCUGGGGCGGCAGGAGGUGCUGCCCCCCGAGCUCCUUGAUCUGCUGGUCCUGACCCUGUGCCAGCAGGCCCCAGCCUUGGCCACGCUGCCCAGUUACACCAAGCUGGUGACGGCUGUGCUCACCAUGCACCAAAGCCAGGUGACCCCAGCCCACCGCAGCAGCCUGGCUACUGCUCUGCAUCACAGCAACACAGCUCUGACAAAAUCCCUGCAGGCCAUGCUGGGAGGAGCCAGGUGAGGUGGAUGCUGUGCCCACUGGGCUGGGGUGUCUCUCCUGGGGAAUGGCAGCCUCAACAUUCCUGGGCUGGCCCAGAACAAGUGCUGGCAGAAGCUGUGCUGGAGUGUGGCUGGCAGCAAGUUUCACAGAGUCACAGAAUGCUGGGGCUAGAAAGGCCCUGCAGAGCUGCCCCAGCCCCAGCCCCUGCUCAAACAGCUUCCCCUGGCUCAGGGGACACAGGAACGUGUCCAGGUGGGGUUGGAAACCUCCUGAGAAGGAGCCUCCACACCCUCCCUGGGCAGCCUGGGCCAGGGCUCCCUGACCUCACACUGAAACAGUUUCUCCUUAUGUUUCAAUGGGACUGUUUGUGUUCCAGCUGAUGCCCAUCACUCUCUGUCCUCAGAAAAUAAAGUGCUGCCCCA